GCUUUGCUGCGUCAAACAGCCGGGCCCGCUCGCUCCCAGUGACAGCGAGUCUCAGCCUCCCAGACACUCCGAGACCCGGGAGCGUGAAAGGUGACAGAGUACGCAUCGCUUUGGUUGUAUAAGAGUGCGCCACCUUAGGCUUUCUGACAGAAACUACCGCAGUUGACAAUGAAGUGUCCCGAAGCUAACUUUUCAGAGAAGGCACAUCGAAGUGACAUGCAGCUCUACCAAGAAGCCCUGUCAUGCAUGGAGCUCAUUGCUUCUCAGUUGGAGGAAGACUAUGAUCAGCCAGUGGUGACAAGGCUGUAUGAGCAGUGUAUGUCUGCUAUACAUGAGCUGAAAGGUGCCCAGCACAACCCCCACAUUUCAUUACAACAUGUAAAGGGGGCAUUUGGUUGCCCGUCCCUUAACCUAUGCAGUUCAGUCCCUUCCAUAUGCCAAUUUCCCUUAGGGAUGACCCCAAAGUAUACUAAUAUGGUGCUGCCAUCCAUGGGAUCUAGUUCUGGUCUUUUCCAUGAUUCUCUAGAGAGCCUCCUGGAAACACUAUCUCUUCAGCAGUCUUCACUUGAAAUGCGUCGCAAUGGACCUGGAUGCCUUCGGAAGCGCACAUUAAGUGAAGGCUACAGAUUAACUGGUGCUAGUGCUAGCAGUGGACGGGGACAUCUUUCUCGAACAGUGUCAGAAUGCAGCUCAUCAACUGACAGAGGAAUAUCAUUAGAAGAUAUGUUGAUGUCAUGUAAUGUGCAAGGAGGAUCUCUUGAUGACAUUGUAGGACUGGAUGAUGUGAAGCAGAUUUUGAAGGAAGCUGUUUUAAUGCCUAGUCAGUACCCGCAACUAUUCCAAGGUGGAGCAAAGCCAUGGACAAGGUUGUUGUUGUAUGGACCUCCUGGUACAGGGAAGACAAAGCUCGCAAAGGUUAUUGCUGCAGAACUGAAAUGUAAAUUUUAUUGUGUCUCAUCUGCCAACAUAUUAUCAUCAUGGAUUGGAGAGUCUGAAAAACUAAUACAAGAACUAUUCCAAAAGGCUCGUGGACAAGAAGGUCAGAGUGUUAUUUUCAUUGAUGAAAUAGACUCUCUCUGCCGAAAACGGUCCCAGAGAGAAGAUGAACAUUCCCGAAGAGUCAAGACAGAGUUGUUAAAACAAAUAGAAGGCAUUGAAGAUGAGAACUCGGCAACUGUCUUUCUCUUAGGAGCAACAAAUUGCCCUUGGGAUCUUGAUCCUGCCUUUCUGAGGCGCUUUCAACGGCGUGUGUUUGUUUCCCUGCCAGACAGGGAAGGACGUCGUCAAAUUAUUUCCAAGCAGUUUACUAGUGUACCACUUCAGCUAACAGAUGCAGACUGGAUAAAGUUACUUGAUGCAACAGAAGGAUAUUCUGGGGCUGAUCUUACUCACUUGACCAUGGCUGCAGCAUUUCAACCAAUCAGGGAGUUGCAGUCUUCAAGAUACUGGAGGUUUACAAAGGAUAACAAGAUAACUCCUUGUUCCAGUGAUACCUUGGGAGCAAUGCAGUAUACUCUUAACAAGCUUCCUGCUGAUAUGAUAUUGGCUCGGGAGGUGGAGAUCAAAGAUUUCUUAACUGCUCUCAAAACUACCCCACGCACAGUAUCUUCAAGCUGCAUGCAACAGUAUGACGAUUUUGCUUCUAUGGUGCAUCAGACAUGAGGUGCACCUUAGCUUCCUCAGUAUAAAACUUUAUUCUUUUCUUUGAAGGUAAUGGUCAAACCAUAACUGGAGGAUAAUUCUUAUGACAUUAAAACAUUAAAGCUCAUUUAUUUUCUUAUAAGAAAUACUAUAUACUCUGUGUCUUCUACGAUUUUGAUCUGAAUGGCUAUAUGAAACUUGAGAAGCUACUGUAUGUAAUUACCUUUUUCUCAAGAUAUUUUUGUAAUUGAAAUUAUCCUAACUGCUAACCUCUCUAUUUAUUAAAGGUGCUUCAAGCAGUAUUAAAUAUGAAAUUUACAUGUAAACUUGUGUAUAUACUAUUUUCAAGUUUUCAAAACGUAGCACCAAUAUUAUGAAUCUUUGCAAAUCAGUGUUACUACAAUAAUGUCAUGUUGAGUGACUACUGUUAUACUUGCAUUUAUCAAAUUACUGCAGUCAACACAUUUGGACCUUAAAAUUUAAGGAAAAUAUAUAUAAAAAAACUACUGGUGUGGCAUGUAUCCAUCAGUGAAUGCAAAUUAUUUCUAAGAAGUGACAAAAUUUAAUUUUUAUUAAUAGUUUAUUUUCAUAAAUUCAAUUAUCCAUAGAAAGAAAUAUGAACAAAGGUCAAGCAUGACUGUAGGUGAAAAUGAAAUAGCAAUAACUGUGACGAGACCUUGCUAUGGGAAAGUUUCAAGCUGUGAAAAUCAAAGGAUUAAUUUAUGAAAUGUUAUUAAAAAAAAAAAGUGUACUUGUGAAAUAAAAAUGUAUACAAUAUAAU